AAUCAAACCAUUCAUACAAUCACUUCAUUUGAUCCCAAGAUAUGGCACAACAGAUGAAACACUUGAAGACAUCACUCGAGACCAUAGAUGACGGCAAUGAAGACAAUAAACAACAGUCUAAGAUUUACGCGAAGGACUCAAUGGACAGAUUCGGUGAUGAUUUGUGUGCACUCAUAGUGUCUUAUCUCACAUUUGAAGACCGAUUUCGUUACGAAUGUGUGUCCAAACAGUUCCGGAGGACAGUCUUCGGGAGUGUUGUGGACAUCAAUCUCAAUGUCAAACCCAUUAAACGAGAAGACAAUUCAAAGACUCCUUUGAUUGACUUUCGAGGCGUUGGAGACACCGAUCAAUACAUUCUCGAAUUGUUUCCCACAAUUCAACACAAAUUCCCGAAAUUGCGGGAAAUUUACUGUAACUUCACGUCAAACAGCGACCGAUGGGUACAACAGUUGUCACCACUCGUCACACGUGUUGGCGAUAUAUCGCCGGCAAAGAAACAAUCGCUCACUCAUUGCCACCGAUUGUCUAAUUUAAGUGUCAAUUCGUUGUCCGAUGUGUUCGACAACACUUCCGGACAGCUAUUGGCGAAGAAUUUGCACUCAUUUAAGAUUAAGCGCUGCGAUGGCAGCGAACGGUUGGCCCGAUUCGUGGCCGGGAAUCAGUCACUGAAGUUCGUUGAUAUCUUAUGUGAAAAUCCCAACCAUUUGACCGAAAUGUGCGGACAUUUGUCACGAUUACCACAUCUACGGAAACUGACACUCGGGUCGGUGUUAAUGACUGGUCAGACACCGAUGUUUCACCACUCUUUGCGCACAAUUGGCGUGAAUUGCAAACAAUUGAAACGAUUGUCACUCGCAUUGGUCUCUAAGACAUCCCAUCUUAAGAGUAUGAAUGAGCUGAAACACUACCGACGGCUAACACGUUUGAUGAUAGCUUUAAAACCAUUAGACAGCACUUUGCUGUCCAAUUAUGGCCAACAUUUGCCGCCACUUCAAUGGCUAACCAUCUUAACGGACACAAUCACUCGCGAGUGUUUGUCUCACAUCUCAAGACUACCGGCGCUGCAAACGCUUGUCAUUCACUGCAAUCAAGACAUUGAUCUCUCGGAUAAUGAUUUCAAUGAUGUGUUGUCCAGAAGUCCUAAACUCAAAGAUAUUUUUAUCUCUAUAAACAAUAAGAAUAAGUUAUAUUCAAAAUAA